AUGUGUAAGGUGUACGGAUAUAAACUUGUAGAAAUAAAAGAUAAAGAUAAAAUCCUAUACAUUGUUGUGCUGGAUGAAGCAUGUGAAUCUCCACCUUCGAGAACAACAGACCUACUACAGAAGAGGAUAUUGUCGGGGGCUCUUACACAUAUCUUUAUGUCAGGAAGACCAGUCAAAGAAGAUGAUAUGUGGAGUUUCCUAGAUAAAUCUGGUUUACUCGCAGAAGAUAACAUUUCUGGAAGAAAAUUACUAACACAGCAAUUUACAAAACAGUUGUACCUUUCAUAUUCAAAGAUGGGGGAAGGUGAACUAGCUAGGUACACAUUUGACUGGGGUCCAAGAGCUAAUCAUGAAUUGCCCAAGAAGUUCAUACUGCAAAAAGUUGCAGUAGCAUUUGGUACAGAUCCAGCAUGUUGGUCGGAACAAUACAAAAGAACACUGCAAUAA